AGGGAAUAGUUGCUAUGCUAUCUCCAUGGUUGAUUUAAGGCUUGUGCUGCUUUGCAUGCUUGAUCCAGGAGCUUGAAAAGUCAUAGCCUGUCAUUUUGACUGGUGAUCUGAAUUGUAUCUCAUCAGGAGAUAGAAAUUUGCAAUCGUGCAGCCAGUCAUUUAAAUUUCAUGGAUUUGCACUAGUCUUUGUGAAUGUUCCCAAGAGAAGAAGAAAGAAAAUCAUUUGGAUCAAACUUUUUGUCAAAUGGAUUUGUGGAUGCCUUCAGAAAACAGCAUCCCAAUGUUGUUGGGUAUACCUACUGGGGUUAUCGACACGGUGGUCGGAAAACUAACAAAGGAUGGCGGCUUGACUACUUUCUUGUGUCGGAAUCCAUAGCAGACAACGUCCAUGACUCCUACAUUGUCCCUGAUGUUAAUGGGGGUGAUCACUGUCCUCUUCGCCCUGUACUCGAGCUUUAGUUUUGCAAGAACCAUAGUUUGCAUGGGAAUACACAUGGAGGAUUAGUUUGUCUUGGCAAUUUGUUGAAUUGAUGGCUUUGGCCUUCUGGUUAAUGCCAAGAACAUAUAAUUCUGUCAGCACUGAAAUAGGAAAUUUAUGGCAGAUCCAAAGCAGAUGGGAUCUGAAAGUUUGAACAUAAUUAUCAUCAGAGUCCUUAUCCAUCCUAGCUGGCAGCCAAUUCAUGGCACCCAGUUAAUGCUCGAGCAGCAAAUUUCUUUGAGAUACACGACGUGGAUAAUCUACUGGAUAAAAAAGAAAAAAAG